AUCUUUGGCUCCACUUAGCGUGCUAAAAACUACCCGCUGCAUUGUCGCCUCUAUACCUAUCUUCCCUUUACGGUAUUAGCUGCUGGUCCGCUUUUCGCUGCAUGCAAAUAAUUUUAUUAAAUAAUUAUUGAAAGUAAGGUAAAGGAAAACGUAAUUUUUUGUCAAUAAAAUCUUUCAAGUUUUCUGAAAAAAAUACCUCCAAGAAUGCGCAAAUCUACUAAGGUACGGUACUGAUUCCAUUUAUAUUUUUACGAAGGAUGUUGAAAAAUCAAACAAUUUGAUGAGGAAAUGAUUAUUUUCCCGACAUACCUGAAUUUUGCGAAAGAUAGAAAUCAGCGGGUAGCAGACGGCAGCAAUUGAACGGUUGGAACGGCAGGACUUGAGCUUGAAGAAGAAAGUGAAAUGCUUCCACGCAAUCCUACUAGGAAGAUGGCAGAUGAAAUUAAAGAACCUGCGCAGAAAAAAGCGAAAACAGAUUCUAAGCAACUGAUGAACAAGACAGACACAGACUUGAAUGAAAUUAAGUUCUCUUGUGAAAAGCUGAGUGCGGAUGGAGAAAAGUUUAAUGUUAAAAUCUGUUCUUGGAACGUGUCAGGCAUUAGGGCUGUAAUAAAGAAAAAUGGAUUUGAAUACAUCAAAAAAGAAGAUGCGGAUAUCAUUGCACUUCAGGAGGUUAAGUGUGACAAUGCUAAACUGCCAAAUGAAGUGAAAUUAGCGGAAUACGAGCGUUUCUUUGUGGACAGCAAAAAACAAGGUUACUGCGGCGUGGCAUUGUAUUCUAAAAUAAAACCAAUCAACGUUACAAGUGGAUUGCAGAAUACCAAAUUCGACGAUGAAGGUAGAAUGAUAACAGCAGAGUAUCAAAACUUCUUUCUAGUUAAUGUUUAUGUCCCUAAUGCUGGUAGUAAACUUGUAACCUUGCCAAAACGUUUGUCGUGGAACGCUACUUUUAAAGAAUAUGUUCGAAAAUUAGACAAGCAAAAACCAGUUAUCAUCUGCGGAGAUAUGAAUGUUGCUCACAAAGAAAUAGAUUUAACAAAUCCAAAAACAAAUACAAAAAAUGCAGGUUUCACCCAAGAAGAAAGAGAUGGUAUGACAGAGUUUCUAAAAGAAGGUUUUGUGGAUUCCUUCAGAUAUUUUUAUCCUGAAAAAACAGGCGCUUACUCGUUUUGGUCUUACUUUAGAAACUCAAGGAGCAAAAACAUUGGAUGGAGACUGGAUUAUUUCAUUGUGUCGGAGAGAAUCAAGAAUAAGAUUUGUGACAUUGUGAUGAGGGAUACGGUGUACGGAAGUGACCACUGCCCCAUUGUACUUUAUGCUCACCUGUAAACAUGAAGUUCUCUGCUAGAAAAGUAGUAUUUUUGAACUUACAUUAUACAAUAUGUUUUUUGAUAUAAUUUUCUAAUAAAGGAGCUGAAAUUUU